AUUUGAAUUCUGCGGUUGAAUUGCACGGUUCGGUGUUUUGUUUUUUUCUCGGUGCUCGGUCUUUUUGGUCAAAAUUCGUGCUAAUUGAAAUUCUACGUAAAAAUUUGUGGGCCUAAGCAAUUUAUGUGUGUGUAGUGUUGUGCUAAAUAAGUAGCUAAAAUGCAAAACUGAAAAGGAUAAUGCUACAAAAUUAAAUGGGAAUACAACUUACAAUUAGUUUAAGCUAAGCAUGGAGCUGCGUUGUCUGCUGCUCAAUAUUGUGUUCAUCUUAGUGCUUAAUGCCAUGCUGGCCUUUGGCUUUCUCCCCCAGGAGACGCGCAAAUGCACUUAUGCGCGCAUUGAGCGCCUGCUGCGCAUACACUGCGGCAAACUGGACCUCAAGGAUGUGCCGCAGGACCUCAAAACUUCGGUCGAGGUACUCGAUCUAUCAUUCAAUCGCAUUAAGAAGCUCAAAAGCAACUCAUUCCGACGCUACUCAGAUGUGCAGUUUCUAAUGCUCUAUGAGAACAUGAUAUUAUCUGUAGAGCCAGGCGCCUUUGCGCCACUUACCUCACUGCAAGAAGUUGAUCUAUCGAAUAAUGGUUUGGUUACAAUUCCCAUGGAGCUAUUUCAAUUGCCACGACUGCGCAAUCUAUAUAUCGACUCGAAUGACUUGCGUGAACUGCAGCAAGAUUUGGAAACGCUGGAGCGUCCGAUUGCAGCACCACUGGAAUACCUUAACGUGGCCAAUUGUGAACUGCACGACAUACCCGAUCUGGGCAUAUUGCCAAAUUUAUGGCAGCUAAAUGCAUCGGCAAAUCCGCUGAGCAACUUUCACAUAGACAAACUGGCCAAUUUAUGCCAUUUAGGAGUCAUCGAUCUGACACGCACACGCAUCGACCAAUGCAGCUGCCAGCAAGUGAACAAUCAUCUCAUGUCCAUGGGCGCCAAAGCCAAAUAUGUGCCAGUUUGCCUGGACACUUUGGAGAGCAGCAUAUGUCCACUGCCUUACAAUCAGACCGUGGACUCGGCAACAUUUCACAGCUGCCUAAACAGCGUUGAGCAGGCCAAAACGCGCAGUCUUUGGCUUUUUGCUGCGGGCUGCUUUGGCGGCGUUUUCCUAGUGCUGCUAAUCUGUUGCUAUUGCCUGCUCAAGUGGCGCAAGAAGCGCACAAAUCGUCGCCUCAGCCGCAGCAUACAGAAUCGCAAGCAUUUAGUCAUAUCGCCGCGAAAUGUGAGCAACCAUCGACAGGAGGAUGAACCUCUGCACUGUGAUACUGCCUCAGCAUAACUGUAACACCUAAGCCUUAUUUAUUAGCCUUAGUUCUUAGUCUGCCUUACUUAAUGCCUAGUUUUAGUAGCGAUUAACAGACUCGCAGUAACAAACGAAUUGCCAUACAGUAGUAGUACCAAAAAGAAAUCUAUCUCUAAUUUUUAUCUCUCUAUCGAAAGUGUUCUAUGUACAUAGUUCUUAGUAUUUAAUGGAGCUAAUCGAAAGGUGCCUCUUAGCUGUAGCUUAAGUGAGUGAAAACCCUCCAAAUUUUGUUACAUAUCAAAGUGAAAUGUUUAAUUGAUAGCAUACAAUUUGCUAUAUUCGUUGCAUGUACAAAAAUUACUGACAUUUUAAUUUAAUUUUUA